AUGGAUGAGAUUAAUCGCAUUUUUGCAACUAUGGGGCGCGUACGUUCGGAGAGCAUGGCCAGUGAUGCUACUCAAUCAACAGGCAGCAGACUGGUGCUGAGACAGAGGCUCCACCAGCUCCUCACCUUUGUGGAAGACCUCCACCCCAAAGACGAGCGCAAAGUGGCCAAGACUCUGGACAAUGCUUUUUUGGUUUGUGGCAAAAGAGCAAACAGACCCAAAAGAGACAGUUUCAGGCUACACAUGGUGACGUGGAAUGUGGCCACAGCUGACCCUCCUGACGAUGUGUCCUCACUUCUUCAUUUGAAUUCCCCAUUGAGUCCAGACAUCUAUGCCAUUGGUCUGCAGGAGGUGUACUCGGGACCACUAAGAUUCCUGUCUGAUUCUGUGUUUGAUGAUCCAUGGAGCCAUCUCCUCAUGUCCACUCUGGCCCCUCGCAAAUAUGUCAAGAUCUCCUCUAUCCGAAUGCAGGGACUUUUACUGCUGUUCUUCUCCAAAUUGGAACAUGUCCCGUUUAUCAGAGACAUUCGAACCACAUACACAAGAACAGGCCUGUUUGGUUAUUGGGGUAACAAAGGAGCCGUGUCCGUCCACCUCUCCUUCUAUGGUCACAUGUUGUGUUUCCUCAACUGUCAUUUGUCAGCUCACAUGAAUUACGCCACAGCCAGAGUCAAUGAGUUUGAAUAUAUCAUGGACACGCAGACUUUUGAAUGUAAACAAGCCCCCAGUGUUCUCGACCACCGGUUAGUAUUUUGGUUUGGUGACCUCAACUUCCGCAUUCAGGACCAUGGCAUGCACUUUGUCCGCUCCUGCAUUAAUUCACAGAUGUACAACCUACUCUGGAGAAAUGAUCAGUUGAUGAUGAUGAAGCAGAAAGUUGAAGCUCUGCAGGAGUUUGAGGAGGGCCCUUUGGACUUUCAGCCCACAUAUAAGUUUGACCUCAACUCUGACACUUAUGACAGCAGGAGCUACUGGACAUGGUUUUUCUUUAAUGGUAAGAAGAGGAAGCCUGCCUGGACGGACAGGAUCCUGUGGCGGCUGCAUCCCAAACCUGCAACACCCCCAGUGAAUGAGGACAGUAAUAAUGGGGUGAAAAUGACCUCUGCUCUGAUGAAGCAGAUAGAGGAGUUCACAGAGUAUCCUCUGAAAGUCAAACAGGAGCUUUACACCAGCCACAUGGAGUACGGCAUCAGUGAUCACAAACCUGUCAUUGCCCUCUUUAGUCUGGAGUUAAGGAAAAUGCAGGACAAUCCGCUGGUGUGCUUACAGGCAUUGGGAGAUUGGAGCGCUGACAUAGACUCUAUCGUUCUGUACAGCCCACAGCAGCCCUUCCCCUCCAGCUCCUGGGACUGGAUUGGCCUCUACAAAGUCGGAUUCACCAGUGUGUCGGACUACAUCACUUACACUUGGGUCAAAGACAACGAAGUCGCGUUCAAUGAUGAGCACAUGCAGGUUUUCAUCAGUAAAGAAGAGAUCCCAGUCCGAGGAGGAGACUGUGUUCUGUGUUAUUACUCCAGUACAUUGCAAUGCAUUGUAGGCAUCAGUGAACCAUUCAAGGUCCAUGAGUCUAAAGUGGCUCUGGAGGAGGGGCUAAUGCCUGAAAAACUCAAUGGACUUGACCAAAUUGUAGCAGAUGAGUUUUGGAAGUGAUCAGGUUUGUGUUUUACUGUGGACUGGAUCAGAAGGCAAGAAGACCCGAUUAUUAUUAACAUAACAAUUAGUGAAUGGAGAAUAUGAAAAAAUUACUUUAAGAAGAUAUUUUAAGACUGUUGUGUAGAGCUUUGACUGAGUAUUGACCUGUACUGUAGAACAUAUUUGGUUCUGGGACAUGACUGAAAGGUUUUGAAUGAAGGCUGUUAUUCAGUAUGUAGAGAAAUUAAAAUAUUAUUAUAUUAUUGUUGAAAAUGAGAAACCCCUUUUUCAUAUAUAUUUAUCUCUAUUUACUGAUGCUUUGAAAUUGCUGGAAAUGGUAGUAUGUAGAUUAUUUAGAUGGCCAACCUCACAUUACAGAGUUUAUGCAAUGAUUUAACUGAUGCAGAUAGGACCACAGGAAAGGGAAGAUGAGUUGAACAGAAGAAAUAGAAGAAUAUAUAGGUGUUUGUAUGGGGUAAUUGUGAAAAGUAACUGUAUUUUUGUUUCAGUUUUUGACUUUCAGUUUUUUAAAGGAUACCAGAUUAGAAGAGAGUAGGACUAGGAGAGAGAUUAUGUGAAAUGCAAUUUUGAAGAACCAUGUCAUUAUACUCAUCAGUAUCUUACAAAAAUUUUGAUUUGGAUGGAUUCAUGCAUUUUUGAGUAAUACCACAUUGUUAAAAUAAAUUAAAUCAAUGAAAAAUCCACUGCCUGCUAUAGUGAAAUCCCACCAUGAAGACAUGGUACUCUCAGCUCUGUAGUUUGGAACAGGAAGUGAAUUAUCCCAAUUCUCUAUUAAGCUGUUUUAGAUCAACAUUGUGCUUUGCUAUGAAAAAAAUGUAAAAUGCUGACCUCAGUUAUUUAUUUAUCAUUAUUUAUACAGGGAGACCCAAUGAGAGCUCUUAAACUCUCUUUUUCCUGAGCACCCUGUUGAAAAUAUAAUACAAACAAAAAACAAACUAAACAAAUAAGUAUACAGGUCAGUUUAAAACAUUAAUAACAGGUGCAGGUGUGAAUAUAAGUCUGUUACUAGAUUAUUAAAUUGCGUCUGUGGCACCAAAGUAUGCAAUUUUGCUUGUCCUAGUCAUGGAUUGAUUAAAAUAACUGCAUAGGGUAUUGCUAUUUUAGAGCUGUCGUGAGUUGGAUUAGUGGCCACUCACUGGUACUACGAAACGAAAAAAAUCCCUCCUGCCCAGAAAGGAUUUUUCUCAUAGACUGCAAUGUAGCUUUCACAAAGGUCAAAUUUUUGGGCAGUUUAUUUUAUUAUUUUAAUUUGAUUUCAUUUAUUUAUCUAUUUUUUAUUUUAUUUUGGUCCUUAUGUUAUAGUUCAGUACUUAAUUCUCUCACUAAGGUGUUUGUCAUCACUUUAAUUAUGAACUGUUCAUGAUUACUCCAUACAAACCAAAUACUACGUCACUUUUUAGAACAGACUGAUGUUAAUGUUUGGGCCAAGUCUAAAGGCAUUUAAUUACUUAUAAAGUAGAAUAAAGUGCAAUGUAAAAAGAUUAGAAGCAGCUGAAGCUAUCUCUGUGUUAAUGUCAUGUUUUUAGUGUUCCUUUUUUGAAAAACUUUAAGUGACUCAAAAUCUCCAGACAUGCGAAACAUUUGUUGCUGGAUCAACUGUUCUUUUAUUUUGUUUUAAAAUUGUUGAAUUAUCUAACCUGAACUAUAUAAGGUGUUUUACAGGUCAGAUCACAUCACUGUAUUUCACUUGUUUUAAACUGCUUUCACAAAACUGUUACUACUGAAGCAAGGUUCAAACCACUGGCAUUUUAUAUUAACAGAUUUAACAACGCUCUCUUUGAGAAGUGCCUUUAAAUGUGCACUAUGUAACCUUUCUGAAAGAGGGUAUGCCAUCUACCUGUCUCCAUGGCGAUGAUAUUGCUAGGCCUGUCGCAUUAAAUACUAUAUCGAUCAAUAUUGUAUAUCAAUAUUGUUCAAUAUAUGUUAGAUUGAGCAAUACUUUUGGGGGUCAAUGGGUAUUUUUUUGUACUGCUGGGAAAUUUGUUCUUUUCUUUGAGUUGUAGAACUUCUAUGCCUCAUUAUAAAUACAAACUAAUUAAGAUUAAUUAAGCAUUGAGCAUUUUUUUUUAUAUGUUUUGGGGGAUAAUUCUGCUUUAAGGUUUGGAUUCAAUAUUAUCGUUUAUCAUCUAUAUUUACUUGAGCAUCAUAUUGCACUUCAAAAUGUGUUAUCCUGACAGGGCUAGAUCUUGCUUUUCCUAGAACAAAACAUGGUGCAAUUGCAAUUGUUACUGUUAAAAAUACUGCGAGAAAAUGCUUUCCUAUGCGGGUCACCUCUCCACAGAUCAGACCCGCAACGUGGCUUGGUGGUGCAUCCUGGUUGCCUCCAAGCAGAUAUACAUGUUUAAUACUGUACCAUGGAACAUUCUAGACAAAGCAAUGGCAUGGACCCUUCAUCAGAAAAAGUUACAUAGUGCAUCUUUACAAUGAACAUGGCUUUAUACCAGAUACAUGUGCAUGUAAAUAAAUUGUGAAAACAGCUAUUCAACACAGUGAAAUAUUCAAGCUUUUAUAGAAAUCAGUUUUGAGUAACAAAUUAUAAUAUAAAAAUCUAAUGUUUAAAAUAUUUGCAAUGAAUCCUCAUAUUACAAUUACAUCUAUAUUUUUGAAUUGUUC